CCACCGCUCCUAUUAGGCCACGUCAAAAUUAACUUCGUCGUCGUUGCAACCGAGCAAACCUAUUCCUUUUCGGAUAGUCUGGGUGCCUCGUCGUAAAAUGUGAAGAAUGCACAGUUGACUACGUCGGUGCAUCGAGGCCGUCUGACAAGGCGAUAGCACGCAACUCGAGUACUAUUUUUAUUCCAGUUUUUAACCUCGGAUCACACACGCUCCCAAAAAUGUCAUUCGAGGGAAAGUACAACGCAAAAAGUCCUGCGGUAAAAAGAUUAAUGAGAGAAGCUCAAGAGCUUCACGAGGCAACAGAAGAAUAUUAUGCAUCUCCCCUGGAAGACAAUCUCUUCGAAUGGCAUUUUACAGUGCAAGGGCCACCCUCCACAGAUUUCGAAGGAGGGGUUUAUCAUGGGAGAAUUUUAUUACCUCCAGACUAUCCCAUGAAACCCCCAAAUAUCAUAUUGUUGACACCAAAUGGCCGGUUUGAAACCAACAAAAAGAUAUGUCUCAGUAUUUCUGGACACCAUCCUGAAACAUGGCAACCUUCUUGGAGUAUUAGAACAGCUCUGUUAGCCUUGAUCGCUUUCAUGCCAACGCCCGGAAACGGGUCGAUCGGUUCUUUAGAUUAUAGUAAAGAAGAGAGACAGAAACUCGCGAAAAAAUCCCUGACUUGGGAGUGCGAUACUUGCGGAAAAGUCGUUAGUUUGUUGUCCAAGACAACAGCGAAAAAACCCAUCACGGAAGAAGAACAAACAAUGUUAAAUACAAUUGCUUUGAAGGCUGACGAUUCGCCCACGUCAGGUGCAUCUUUCAUGAUAAAUGCAGAUACUAUUUCAGAGAACGAACUGAGGCAACGUAACGUUGACGCGACUUCUACCGAUAAUCAAAGUCGGCAGCAGUCAGACGUUAUAAUAAACCAACAAAUAGAGACAAUGUCAUCUUCUAAUGAUUUAUUUUGGAGCAUUCUCAUUGCUUCCUUGGUGUCAGCGAUAAUUCUACUUGUUUUGCGGCGACUGUUUCUUGUUUAAAUUAUUCUAAAUGUAACAAACGUUAUAAUUGUAAGUAUGUUAACGAGACGAAGUAAAUUUUAUACACAUUUUAUCGAUAGCAUUUUUAAACUUAGAAGAAAUAACAGAUUUAUACACGCUAUAAAUAAUCUGAUAUCCAUUAAAAACACAAUGUACGACGGAGAUAUGACUGCACCGAUGUAUCUACUUUAGUACAUAUCUACCAUACUCUAACGAAGAACUGUUUAUCUUAUUGUAAAAAUUGCUAUCUUCGUUAGAUACGAGAACAAUGUAAAUUCUAAACUUUUCGUUGCAUUCUUGCGUUCUUUCAUUGGCUGUAUUUACUAGUCUUUGAGAUUCUUUAUUAACCUUUUGACAUUGAAUAUAUACUCACACUAUUAAUCUUUAGUAUUAAAAAAUGUUAGUGUUUGCAUUUACCAUAUAUAUAUACAUUUAUAUUCGAUAACUUUUACAAUAAUCUUUAUUUGAUAGUUUUCCAUAUAAAUGUGCCUGAAAUAUUGGACGAAUUAGAUUCUUUGCUAAAAAAAAAAUGAGCUGUAUUUGCGAAAACUGCCAAAUAUAGUACUGAAUCUAUUCGAUUAUGUAAGUACUAGCUUUUGUCAAAAUGUAUUUUAGUUCCUUGUUGGUAUGAUUUUUAAUUACACUCGUAUAUUUUUUCUCUUAUUGUUUAUGUAAAUGUAGAUAAUUACAUUAGAAGAACUGUAUAUAACAUAUAACAAAUUUAAUAUAAGUUACACAUACUAUUCAUUAUGUUGUAUUUCACGAAGCUAUGCACAUGAAAAGUAAAAAAUACACCCGUUUAAAAAAAAA